AUGACGGUGACUAUUCCCGAACCCAAUGUCCCGGCGCAUCCGGUCAACAAGCCCGCGCUGAAUGGCGCGGCAUCCGCCUCUGCGUCGUCCUCAGACCGCGUCCAGCAGCUGCGCUCGCUCGUCAAGCUCAUCACGGAGGCCUCGGAGCGCGUCAUCUCUGGCUGGGAGGCCGAGGCUGCUGCGCAAACGGCGGACACUACUGCCCGUACCUUCCCGCCCCUCGACCUCUACGAGGCGCGCCAAGUCGUCGUCAGCGCCGGCGCCAUGCUCGUCGACCUUGUACAGGACCCCCAGAUUCGCAUCCUCGAGCUCGGCUCGCAGUACUAUGAGGCGCGCGCGCUGCACAUCGCCGUUGAGAAGAAUGUGGCGGACAUCCUCGCCACGGCGCCCCACGGCCUUCCGCUCGACGAUCUCGCGGCGCGGACCGGGGUGAAGGCGCACAAGCUUGGGAGGAUCCUGCGCGCGUUGUGCUCGAUACACGUGUUUGCGGAGGUGAAGCCCGGGGUGUUUGCGAAUAAUCACACAAGCCAAGCCCUCGUUGGGAACGAGGGGCUGCAGUCGAUGAUCCUCUCCAUGGGUGGCAUCCGGUACAAGACCUCUGCCAGCCUGCCGGCCGUCCUUUUUGACCCCGUCCGGGGACAGUCAGAGUCCAAUGUGGAGACGGCUUUCCAGGAGGAUAUGAAGACCGACCUGCCGUGGUGGGCAUGGUUGAAGAAGUACGGCGCGACGACGCGCCGCUCGCCUACCUCUAAGACGGAGCUGGAGAUUUACGGUCUUGCUAUGCUUGGAACUGGUCGCGCCCACGGCGCUGUCCACUUAGAAUACCCUUGGGAGUCCCUCGGAGAAGCUACGGUUGUCGACGUCGGCGGUGGAAUUGGCUCUAUGUGUCUCGACUCUGCAAAGCGCUUCCCUAAGCUCAAGUUCAUCGUCCAAGACUUGUUGCCCGUCGUUCAAUCAGCGCCUCCUGUCUGGAACAAGGAACUGCCCGGCGCUAUAGAAAGCGGCCGCGUGCAGUUCAUGGAGCACGACUUCUUCAACGAGCAGCCCGUCAAGGGCGCGGACAUCUACCACAUGCGCUACAUCCUUCAUGACUGGGACGACGAACGCGCCGUGCGCAUCCUCCAAGCGCUUCGCCCCGCCCUCCUCGCGAACCCGCGCUCGCGUCUCCUCAUCUGCGACCAGGUGAUGAACACUACGUACGGGUGCGAUCUAGUGGACUCGGCGCCGAAACCGCUGCCGGCGAACUACGGGUACGCGACGCGGUUUUCGCAUAUGCUGGACUUGAACAUGAUGACGAUGUUCAAUGGGCGGGAGCGAACGGCGGAGGAGUUGGCGGUUCUGGCGAAGAGGGCGGGUCUGGUGGUCGAGCGGAUCUUCAGGUGCCCGAGCUUGGUGUGGCUGACGCAGCUGAAAGUAGAUGAGAACUGGGCAGGAGAGCAGGCGUAG